AUUUACAUUUCUUUAAAAACUGUACGGAUUCAGAUGAUAUAAAAGCAUGCCCAUCACAGAUGUUUCCUAAAGAAAUAAACAAUUUGCUCCAGUAAAGUAACAGAAUGAAUAAUAAACAAAAUAGAUUUGGCAAGUGCUAUAUUGAACGUAUGGCAGUAUAUUUAGCCAGCCCCUUGCAUUUCAUUGCUGGUUAUGAUAUUAGGCCUUUAUGUAAAUAAAUUACAAAUAAUUAGGCCUCUAAUGAAAAACAUCCUCACAAUAAAACAAAAUAACAUUAUAAUUACAUGCAGCAUGGACUGUGAUAUAAAUGUAUGGCAACAAAAUAGCCAGUUGGCACGACCUUAAGAAAGCGUUCGCAUGUCUGACCACGUGAUACGAUUCCUGGAAAGUUCCUGGAAAUUAGUCUUUUGUAGCCUAUACCAGUCUUUUUAAAUUUGGAUUAAGUCGUUUACGACGAGCGCACACGCACUGACACAAACAAAUGCAGAUGAAAUAGGUUGGUUGGAAUAUCACUAAACUGCUGGAGAGAGUAAUUCUAUGUAGCCUAUCCUGCUCGCUUGGCGCGCGUUGUAACGCGUUUGGACGCACGACGCGCGCGGCGCGCUUGCAGACAGCGCGAGACAGGCACCGUCGCUCCCGAAAGAAUCCGUGCGAAUACGAGGAAAAACGCGUCCCGACCUGCUGAGCAUCAGUGCGUGCGAGUCAGUGAUCAGUGUUUCACAUAUAUUAAUAAAUGAUGGGUCUAAAUCAUGGUGCUACAGUGCGUCUGUAACGUGAAACGCGCUGGACUUGAUCACUUACUGCUUUCACUCAGAGAAAAGAUCGGCACAGCCACGAAAUCCACGGACGCUGUGGAAGACUUCUCUCUCACAUGUUUUGGUUGAUUGUAAGAGUCAGUCGUCUUUGGAGGAUAAUUAUAGACAUUGACUGGAUGCAGAAAGCUGUUCUCCAAUGACCUGUCACUCAUCCGACUCCACGGAAAGCAUCGAGAAUGAAAGGCGAUCGCAAACCGAAACCCAAGUCGCGGAGUCCGAGCAGAGUCGCAUUGCCACUGCCAUGAGAGACCUUAAAAACACCGCAGGCUGGUAUUGGGGCAGCCUUACAGCCAAUGAAGCCAAGGAGAUCCUGCAGGACACGUCGGAGGGCACCUUUUUGGUCCGGGACAGCUCUCAGAGGGACUACCUCUUCACCAUCUCCGCCAUGACAUCCGUGGGACCCACCAACCUGCGUAUCGAAUACAAGGACGGCAAGUUCAAGCUAGACUCGGUGCUGCUGGUCAAACCCAAACUCAAGCAGUUCGACAGCGUCGUCCAUCUCGUGGAGCAUUAUGUGCAGCUGUCCCGGACGUCUUGUGAAGGCAGCACUACCCCCAUCGCCCCAUCCAAAGGCACCGUGCAGCUGCUGCUCACGACCCCGGUGUACACGGCCACACCGUCUCUGCAGCAUCUGUGUCGUAUUGCUAUCAAUAAAACCACACGGCGGGUACAAGAACUCCCUUUGCCGAACCGGCUGAAGGAUUACCUGACAGACUACACUUAUAAUGUAUAGAACCAGAUGGACAGUGAUGACCAUAAGUGCUGAGGUUCUAUGGAUCCUAGAUCCAGUUAUAAUAGAGGUGCUGAUGUCCUGUUAAGGAUCUUUUGCCUGGAAUCCCUCAUCUUGUGCCCAAAGACUACUUUAAAAGGAUAGAUCACUGAAAAAAUUUAAAUCUGUCAUUACUUACUCCCCCUCAUAACAUUCCAAACAUGUUUGGCUUUCUUUCUUCUGUUGACCACAUAUAUUCUGUUUUUGAUCAUAUAAUGAACGUAAACAGGGUCCGAAAGGACACUGUACUCCGUUGACUUUCAACGUAUCAACAAUUUUCAAAACAUAUUCCAUUUUCUGUGUUAAGAUUCGGACGCGACGUGAGGGCGAGUGACAGAAUGACAGAAUUUGAAUCUCAUUAUUAUGGAGGAUAUCAUAACAAUGUUAAGUGUCCUUCAUUGCGCACUUAACAAGUUUACGGCCUGUAGAUAUUUUACAGUCAGUUUGUAAUGAGCGAGUGAGCAGUAUCUGUAAGGAGCAUUGGCCUACACGAACAUCGGACGGUUUCUACCUGUAAUUCAAAUAUUAGAAAUAUACAGGUGGCCACGCGGUGUGCCCAUGUCUCUUUUGAAGGAAGAGUUCAGCCAAAAAUUAAUAGUUCAACCUUAUAUAAUUCCAAACUCUUGGACUUUCUUUAUUAUUAUGUAGAACAUAAACGACGAUAUUUUGGAGAUUGUUGCAGCUGUUUUUGUCUUUAUAUUAAAGUCAAUGGGGUCCAAAACUAUCAAGUUCCAAAAAGAACAUGAAAGUAUACACUUAAAAAAUAAAGCUUCCAAAAUAACUAUUUUAGGUUUCCCAAAUAACCUUUCAGUUAAACGUUUCUAUAGUGUGAAGAACAUUUUAACUAAAGAUCUUAAGAUCCUUUUUUCACUAUAAAUAACAAGUGCCCACUGACGUUAAACCUCACUGGGAUGUUACAUUUUCUUUUAUGUUCCACAGAAAAAACCAAGCCAUAUGAGUUUGGAACAACAUGAGGGUAACAUGAGCAAAUUUGUAUUUUUGGGUGAACUAUCCUUUUAUUGAAGCAGAUGUCUGAGAAGUUCUGCCUCCUGUGUUUGAGACAUGGGAGUUUGAAACUGUAUGCUUUUUGACUAUGUAUGAUUUGCUCAUUAACCAUGUUAUAUUUUUGUACUGUAGACAUAGAUGAUCAUUUGAUGUCAUGGUUGCCCGAGGAACUUCUGGGAACAGGAAAGUACCUUGCGCUAUGAUAUACUGUAUAUCCCAAUACGUGUCUUCAUGAUAACGUAGUACCACUGAAAAGUUACAUGAAAAAUAGCCCUUUUAAUCAAUUUUUAGACAACAACAACAACAAGAAAUUAUUUAACAUAUACACCACCAUUCGAAAGUUUGGGGUUACAUUUUUUUUAAUACUUUUAUUCAGAUAGGAUACAUUAAAUUGAUCAAAAGUGUCAGUAAAGAUAUUUAUAAUUCUACAAAGGAUUUCCAUUUCAAAUAAAUUCAAUUCUUUCUAACUUUAUAUUCAUCAAAGAAUCCUGAAAUGAAUGUCAUGCAGUUUCAUCAAACACAUAAAGCAACACAAGAUUUCUGAAGGAUCAUGUGACACUGAAGACUGGAGUAAUGACUGCUGAAAAUUCACCUCAUCACAAGAAUAAAUCACAUUAAUAUAUUACCAAAGAGAAAACAGUUUGAAAUUUAGCAACGUUACUUUUUUGCUGUAUUUUUGAUCAAAUUAAUGCAGCCCUCUUUCAAAAACAUACUAACCCCUUACAUACUAACCUUUCAAUGGUAGUGUAUAAAAAACCCUUUUAAUUUAUAAGCUCAAAACUUGCUUAAACAGGUCCUGACCAUUCACCAACAUUACAAGGGUGUGUACUUUUGCAAAUAAAAUAUACCACCGGAUUAGUAUUUUAUUGCACAUUCUGAACCAAGAGGUAAUUUAGCAACAUGGUUUGUUAAAACUUUUAUGGUCAACAAGUAUUGGCCUGUGUUAACCCUACCUCAGGAGGGCGUCGUGAUAAACCUGCAUGCUGAUUGGCCGUAUUUGGGGAAUAUUUGAUUCUAUACUGAAUCGCAAUUUAUGAAACAGACCAAAAAUAACGUACUAGGUCGGAAGCUUCUUAUUUUCUCCUCACUGCUAUUUGCGGAGCAGUUAUUAGAAAAAUAGGAUUUUCCUGUCAAAUUCCUCACUAAUCUGACCCCCUGUUUUGGUUUAAUGAAACAUACAUAAUUUUAUCCCUUCAACAAAUAUGCUGCUCAGUGUAUUCUACUUGGGUGCUUGGGUGCUAAAUUCCUGCAUUUCUCUUCAUGCUUAGUCUUUCAGUUAAAGCAUAGGAAUAGUAUUAUAUUGUAAGCAUUCGCUAAAAAUGAUUACCUACUGCUGUCUUGAUUUUGCCAUUACUUUUAAAUUAAAAAGGUCCCCAUUUAUUAUGACUCCACCGGAAAUACCUAACUCAUUGAGAAACUGAUCUCAGAUCAGCAUAAAAGGUCUUUCUGCCAACAUAUCUCAGAUCCAGUACACUCUUGACAGUUUUAUUUGUCGUCUUCCUUGAGGACAUCUUAUAUCUAAGUCUGACAUCAUCUCUUUUCCACUACAAAAUUCCACUAAUAUCAUUUUACAACAGUGCUGCAUCAAGGGUGAAUGGAUUUUCUCCUAGAAAGUGAGAAAUAAAAUCAAGCAUAGCUUUAAUUCCUGUACUAUGUAUCUCUUUUUCUGGACUUGGGAACUAUAACAUAAUUUUAGUCGGGGAAAAAGCAUAAAACACUCUUUUAUUUCUGCCCCCAAAUGAGCCAAUCAUGUGCAGAACUGAUAAUAUCACCGGUCAUCAAUGUACACACCACAGCCUGGCAACCUCUCAAACCUUCAGAAAACCCACAUCCUACAGACUUCUGGUUUCUAAUAUUCUGAAAUACAGAUAAUCCAACUGUAUUUGGUGUUUGGAAAUUGUUUGUUUGGUUAAUAGGACGGUUCAUUUGUGCUUUUUUAACACAACAGUGUUUGCGUGCUGCAUGACUUUGUCUUGCAUGAUUUAAUGUGUGAAAAACAUGGAUGAAAUAUUCCCAGUCUUUUCCCUUUCUACAGUUUUCCUUGGCCUCCUCCACAGUGUUCGAAUUGAGGGGGGGCUUUUGGGGAACCCCCCAUAAUCAUUAAGGGUUGGGGGUGAUUUGUUCCCCUGGUUUUCAAUAAAACUUUACUUCAAA